CAUCAUUUAUUUCUUUUCUUUAGUUCAUUCUAUAUUUUUUGUUAUUAGUGUUAUGUUACGUCGUGUUUUUAGAGGCUAUAAACAUUCAUACACAAUAAUAUAUAUGUAAAUAUAUAACAAAAAUAUUAUUUUAAAAAAUAUACUUAUACUUUAGAUAAACAAAAGUAAAAUAAAUAACAAAAUUUAAAAUGGACGAAGACGCCAGGACUAUUUGGUGCGGAAAUUUGAGCGCUAAAUGUACUGAUGAAAUUCUGUAUGAAUUAUUUCUGCAGGCAGGACCAUUGGAGAAAGUAAACAUUCCAAAAGAUCGUGACGGUUCACAAAAAUCAUUUGGUUUCGUAACAUUCAAACACGCGGUAUCUGUUCCCUACGCGCUGAGUUUAUUUGAGGGCACGUCGAUAUUCAACCGCGCAUUGAUGUUGAAAAAUCGUCAGACGAACGACGGAAAAGGAGCUUUAAAUAAAAUGGACAAUGGCAAUGUCCUGCAGUUUGGAAACCAGUUGGAAAAUUCGAUGAUGUUCAACAUAGCCCACAAUAUGCUUCCAACUUAUAUGCCACCUGGUAUGGGAAUGUACCCGAGCCAAAUGAACUCGUUCCCAACGCCAAAAGACGACAGUAGACGGGGUCGCAAUCAUCCUUACAAUCGCGAGCGUCAAUCUGACCGCGAUCGCCAGUCAGACCGCGAUCGUCAAUCAGACCGCGACCGACAAUCUGACCGCUCGCACCGAAAUCAUCACCAGCAUCAGCACCACAAAAAUGACCACAGAAACCAGCGGUCGCAUUAUCACAACCGCGCUCGUAACACCCGUUAAUUUAUUGUAUUUAAUUAUCUUAAUCAUCAAUUCAUUAGCACAAAAUUUUGUUUAAUUAAAUAAUUAAAUGAUCAGUUAUCAAGCGGA